ACUCCUGGAUGUGUCCAAUGUCUGUGAUAGGUGCCUCUGAUGUUUGGAUCUGUUCAAGCAUAUGUCCAGAGUAUUGUCCCAUGCAUUCUUCCAGCAGCAAAUCUGUACCAUCGCUUUGUUUUGUAGCAAACAGGAAAUUGGCUCAAAUAUCAAGAGACUCAAAGCAGAGAGUUGUAUAAAGGCUGAUAGUGGCAGAUCCGGAUUUUACACUCAGACUAAUUUUAUCUUGCACCUUUGGUAUCCUCUGUUUUGAAAUGUGACAGCUGCUGUAGUCGAGCGUUGUCUGGGUUUAAGAUUCUCUCGACGGGAUUUGGAGGAGCAGUGCGAGCUGUUGGGAUGAAGGGAUGCUGUGCCCUUGAGAUAGGGAGCGUUAUGGAAGCUAUCCUGCCAUCAGAAAAUGGCUUUUGUGACUUGCAGGCAGGGUGCAUUUUUUCACACGUCUGCUGAGCUGAGACUGUGAAAAACUGUGAAAACAAAGAAAUGAAGAAAGAUCUAGGACAGAAGAAACUUGCUGGCGUGGGUGAGAUGGUGUGAUGGCUUUCUAAAUGUCAAGGUGAACCGGAGGACUUGGCUAGAAUGCUACGGGCAUGAUCUGUCUACAGCAUCCGGCGCCAAUAAACAAGAAUCCAUCUUCUGCAAGUCUGACGCCUGGAAUAUUCUCUGCACAGGAUCAAGAGAUAAGGACACGGAGAGAGUAGAGAACAGGCAUCGGGGUGUUGGGCAGGGGGCCGCUGGUGCAUGCGGGGGCAGUGCACAUUCCUUGCUGGAGAGUGGAAGCACACCUCGCCCAUGCCGUCCCCUGCCCAAACUGCUCGCGCCAUCCUUUGCAAUGGUGACAUGAGCACGCGCAUUACGGAGGAGCCCGGUUUCAACCCAUCUAUUUCGCUGUCUUUCUGUAAAAAGCAUACGAUAUACUUGACUGUUUACUUGUGAAUAGAGGACUGUCUAUAGCGAUUGGCGUGGUCGCAAGGUGAUGAUGCUGAUGUGUGUACGUGUAAGGCGGCUUUUCCGUCAGCUCACGCUGCAGAACAGCCUGUUGCUGCUCUUCCUUUUCUGCGUGAUCAGUGUCCUCAUCUCGGCUUAUUUCCUGUAUGGCGUCAAACGUGAACUCGAACCGGCAGGAGUUGGAGGCGUGGUGGUCCCAGAAGAAGGUACUGCCGAUUGGGAAGAUUCCCGGGCUACUCCCUCUCCACCGUCAGCAAGGGUGCUCCCUGCAAGAACUGCCAAACCAGCGGACAUGUCUCGAACUGACCCCGUGGUACUGGUGUUUGUGGAGAGCUUGUACUCUCAGUUGGGUCAGGACAUCGUAGCCAUUUUGGAAUCAGGGCGGUUUCGCUACCAGACUGAGAUCGCACCCGGCAAGGGCGAUAUGCCCACACUUACAGACAAGAACAGGGGCCGUUUCACUUUGGUUAUCUACGAGAACAUCCUGAAGUACGUCAACCUGGAUGCUUGGAAUAGAGAGUUGCUGGAUAAAUACUGUGUGGAAUAUGGCGUUGGCAUCAUAGGCUUUUUCAAGGCUAAUGAAAACAGUUUGCAGAGCGCCCAGCUGAAAGGCUUUCCACUCUUCUUGCACUCCAAUCUGGGUUUAAGGGACUGUAACGUCAACCCCAAGUCUCCGCUUUUGUUCAUCACCAAGGCCCGGGAGGUGGAACACGGUCCCUUACCUGGAGACGACUGGACAGUCUUCCAAUCCAACCACACCACAUAUGAGCCUGUGCUUUUAGCUCGUGGACGGAGUGCAGAGGCUGCCGGAGCCCCUGGACCUCUUCACGCAGCGGUCGUACAGGAUUUGGGUCUUCACGAUGGCAUCCAACGGGUACUCUUCGGCAACAACCUUAACUUUUGGCUGCACAAACUGGUACUGGUGGACGCAGUGAGUUUCUUGACUAGCAAGCGUCUGUCACUGGCUCUGGAUCGCUAUGUGCUGGUGGAUAUCGACGACAUCUUUGUUGGGAAAGAAGGAACACGGAUGAAGGUGUCUGACGUCAAGGCCCUGCUGGAGACGCAAAACGAACUUCGAAUCCAUGUGCCCAAUUUUACCUUCAACCUGGGAUUCUCUGGAAAGUUCUUUCAUGCCGGCACAGAUGAGGAGGACCUUGGAGAUGACCUGCUUCUGUCUUACAGUAAGGAGUUUUGGUGGUUCCCACACAUGUGGAGUCACAUGCAGCCGCACCUCUUCCACAACCAAUCAGUGCUAGCUGAACAAAUGCUGCUCAAUCGCAAGUUUGCAGAGGAGCACGGCAUUCCCACAAACAUGGGUUACGCGGUGGCUCCACAUCAUUCUGGAGUGUAUCCCAUCCAUAUGCAGCUGUACGAGGCCUGGAAGAAAGUGUGGGGCAUCAAGGUGACCAGUACAGAAGAAUACCCCCACCUCAAACCCGCCCGCUUCCGCAGGGGCUUCUUCCACAGUGGCAUCAGUGUGUUGCCCAGGCAGACUUGUGGUCUCUUUACUCACACUAUCUUCUAUAAUGAAUAUCCUGGAGGCUCUAAAGAGCUGGACAAACUCAUUAAUGGAGGAGAGCUUUUCCUUACUGUACUCCUAAACCCAAUCAGCAUCUUCAUGACCCACCUGUCCAACUACGGAAAUGACCGUCUCGGCCUGUACACCUUUAAGAACCUGGUCAAGUUCACGCAGAUGUGGACGAACCUGAAACUACAAACGCUUCCGCCCGUACAGCUGGCACAGAGAUAUUUUCAAAUUUUCCCCGAGGAGAGAGACCCCAUCUGGCAGGACCCGUGUGAGGACAAACGGCAUAAAGACAUCUGGUCUAAAGAGAAGACCUGUGAUCGCUUCCCCAAGCUGCUUAUCAUUGGGCCUCAGAAGACCGGAACUACUGCCCUCUACCUGUUCCUCGGCAUGCAUCCCGAUCUGACCAGCAAUUACCCCAGCAAAGAGACCUUUGAGGAAAUUCAGUUCUUCAAUGGCCGAAACUACCACAGGGGCAUUGACUGGUACAUGGAGUAUUUCCCUUUACCGUCCAACACUAGUUCCGAUUUCUACUUUGAGAAAAGCGCCAACUACUUUGACUCGGAGGUCGCGGCCCGGCGAGCAGCUGCCCUUUUGCCCAAAGCCAAGAUCAUCACCAUUCUGAUCAACCCAGCUGACAGAGCCUAUUCCUGGUAUCAGCACCAGAGGGCUCAUGAUGAUCCUGUGGCUCAGAAAUACACAUUCCAUGAUGUCAUAACAGCUGGCCGGGACACUCCCAUCAAACUGAGGGUCCUCCAGAGUCGCUGUCUGGUGCCCGGCCUGUACGCCACACACUUACAGCGCUGGCUUACACACUAUCACCCCAGCCAGAUCCUGGUCCUGGAUGGACAGAUGCUGAGGACAGAGCCUUCUUCAGUGAUGGACAAAAUCCAAAAGUUUCUAGCCCUGACAAACAUACUCAACUACCACAAGAUCCUCACGUUUGAUCCCAAGAAGGGCUUCUGGUGCCAGCUGGUCGACGGUGGGAAGACCAAAUGCCUGGGGAAGAGUAAGGGGAGGAGAUAUCCUGACAUGGAUGUUGAUUCUCGGAACUUCCUGAGAGAGUAUUACCAUGAGCACAACAUUGAGCUCUCCAAGCUGCUGUACAAAAUGGGCCAGCCGCUGCCUAGCUGGCUCCGAGAGGAACUGCUCCACAGUAGGUAGCCUCAGCUGGGGGGUGGGGACACACCUGUCAGACUCAAACACCCCAACUUUUGAGGGGACUCACCUUCUUGUCCACCCCGUCAGCCGCCGGCCACACGGUUGGUCAAGUCUCCUCCAGCGACCUUGCGGAACUUCAGUUCAGGGGACUGAGCUUCUAAAGGGCAAGAUAUGGAGAUGUAGAGAAAAUGCACUCGGGUGCACUUGUGGUUCUGUUCCGUUUUGGAGAACAGUGAGGUGCCCAAGACAUAACCUUGGGGUACACCCACCACAACAAACUGACACGGGAUCACGAUGGGAGGCUUCAGAAAGACAUUCUACUACUUCCCUGAUGUGUUGAACAACUAGGGAGCUCUGUCAUUAUGUUUAAACUGGACACGCGAAUGGGAGAGGAGGGCAUUUAGAAGUGACGGAGCUGUAGAUGCACGUUAAUCAUCGUUGUAGACAAUACUCAAGUCAGUAACUGAUAAACAAGUGCCAGGGUGGAAAAAGUCAGACUUUUUGUUAGUUAAAUGUUUUUUUAACACUCAUUUCAUGUGUUGCACAACACAAGGCCUUCGGCCUUGUAGUUUCAUUCUUCUUUUUUCUGUAGGCUAUUAAGUCCAUUCAUUACAGCUGCACACCCUCCAGGCUUAAAAUGUGACUUUUAAAGGUGAAAUUUCAUUACGAUGUAUUUAUGGCUAUUAAUUUCAAAUCCACAGGACAGCUUAAUAAUGUGUGAUUAAUUGUGGUACUAAAACACAGAUAAGCUACAUCCAUAAUAAAUGUGACUGUAAAUAUAAAACUGUAAAGUGCGGGGUAUGCCUUCGGCCCGUGUGCAGCAACUGCCUUAAUUCAACUAUCAAUUACGGUUAAAUUCACAAAAGUAUACAGUGGAUGGUUAAGACCGGCCUCGAGGGGCCUGAUCUUUUAAUAUUAAUUAAACGAUGAAUGUCGAGAAUUGGACCCUUGUGUUAUUUUGGCAUUAUAUCCCAAAUCUCACUGGAGCGAUAAGUAGUUUUGUCAGUAAGGUUAUUGCCAUUUUAAUGAUUUGUAAAACUCGCCUGCCAAUAGCAGUCUUUUAUCCUUUUAUUGAAUGUUUUACCCAUUUACCCCUAAUUUUUAUGUGAUUGUUUAGCAUCUUAUUACUUUGCAUUCAGGAUUGUCAUCAGAAUGUGUUUAGGAAUGUAUUGCCUCCACCGUUUAAAUGGCCAUUAUGACUCUGUGCUCUGAAGUAGGAACUGUUGAUUGCUAUUGGACUGACUGUAUGAAUUACACUCAUGAAUGUAAGUGAGGAAGCUGUAUAAUAGACAUGAUGCAGGCGGGGCAGUCCGCGGAGAGCCCCAUAACCCGGUCCUGGGGCUGAAUUAAACCACUGCUUUAAUGGAUUUUAUUUCUGAAGACUUGCUGCUGAAAUGAGAAGUCAUGAAACGAGCACAAACCUCAUUUUAUGUAUAGCAUCAAAUUAAUUGGAUUUCGUUUUUGUUCUUUGAAAAGUUUCGUGCACUUUUUUCUGUACUUCCACGCUCGAUUAAUUCCGAGCUCAUGUCAAACUAACAGCUGUGUGAACUAUACGUUCAUCCAAAGAGGCCAUUAAUUGUCUUUUUUUAAUUUUAAUCCCCCUAAAGGUAGUGUCUGUAACUAAAGCCUAACAAUAACCGACAUUGGCUUCCAUUUGAAAGACUAUGUCUAGGAUUUUACAAUAAUGUGUGAGUUCUGCGGCACCAAUAGAAAGCGCAGUUCGAUCUCGAAUUGCCCUGGUAGGUCUUGUUUUAGGAGGGGGACAUUUGGGUGAGGGUCACGUGCUGUACGCACAGUUUCGCAAUAUUACAAAUAGAGAGCGGACGAUAUCAGAGAGCGUUUAUUUUCUAUAAUACAGAUCGUAUUUGUAAAAACUGUACAGCCUGUCGUUUUCUUCAUCGACCUGGAAGUAUGAUGCUUGAGAAGCACAAAAUUUGUGUUGCUGACCGGAAAAAACAUUUCAAUGCAUUUCUCUUGUGGGAAGGAUAUCACUACACUCUAAUAUUUUGCCAUCAGACUUUAGACAUUGACAUUUGUAUUACCAGUACCUUUUACAAAUCGUUUUUUGGGUCUUGGUUUAAAUGUAAGUAGUUUACAUCUGUCUACGGUACAAAACCUUACAUGCUGCUCACGGAUUAGUCAUAUAAUCACAUGUAAUAUUCUACUUUUCCAUUAUAAUUUAGUCCUAUCCCUUGUUGAAAUCUAAUAAUGCAAUAUAUUGUGUUUCCUGGUAGAAUGGGAAGUUUCGCACCAAGCACAACUUAUGUUUAAAUAAAAUGUCAGUCGCAGUGUACAGAAUCAGUUUAUUAUGAAUGAAUGGAACAGAGAGAAUAUUAAAUAUUGUUAUGUUUUUUUUAUAUUUUGACAACACGGAGAUGUGCAGAGGGGUCCCCAUGAUUUUCACACUGCCAAUAUUGUGCUUUCUGUAUCAUAAUGUAGGACAUCAAUAGAUAGAAUAAAAUAACUAAGGAAAUAAUCAUCUGGACUGUACAAUCAAACCUACCGUUGUUAAUAUUUUUUAUUGUUGGUAGCCAAUAUUUUUGUGAUUAAUUUGCAAAUAAAGAAACCACUGUCUUUCUA